UCAAAUAAAACGUUUUACUUUCAUAUUUCAUGUAAUGGGUUGUAUGUGUCAAUUAUUAAUGUUCACGUACAGUUGUAAUUGCUUGAUACAAGACAGCGAAUGUGUGAUGAACGCCACUUACAAGAGUUCAUGGCCGCCCCUGCCGAUGGACAAAUAUGGAAAAAUGUUACGCAAAGAUUUGAUGUUCGUCAUGAUGAGAUCUAAAGCACCCUGUUGCUUGACUGCCUGUGGAUUCUUCGCUGUGUCGCUGGAAACAUAUACAGGAGUAAGCAAUAUUGUGUACAUCUUAUAGCUAUCGAUUUAGUCUUUUUGUCGCGGAAACCUCGAAAGGAAAACGUUAUUCGUCUAGAUGUAUUGUUAAAGUAUCCUAUAAACAUUUAGGUGCUUUAUUUCAUUAAUAACGAUGUAACAUAUAUGAAUAGAAAUUAUUCUAUAUUAGAGAAAAUACAU